AUGUCUGAAGGCGUGUGGUUUGUACUCACAGUAAUGCUAACAGCGUGCUUUGGAGAACCACCUCUAGAGGAGUUUGUUUUCCCAAGGAUUCUCGAAGCGAGGGGUGCAAAUGGGGAGAAGAUGCUCCAUAUUCGAGAUGGGCUGACUCUGAGCUUAAAGAAGAGCAAAUUGUUUUCGGAAAACAUUGUUUUCUCCAUGGCGGAUGAUGUGAACUACCCCAGCAGUUCGAUGAAUGUCAAGGAAAUUGAAGACAAUUUGUACCAGGACAGAAAAUACGGCUCCUCUCUUGUGGUCCAAGAAUCGAAUGGAUAUGUCCAAGUGAUGGGUAUACUCACUGACACCUUAUCAAUCGAGCCAGUAUUAUCUAAUACCCGAUCAAAAGACGGAAUCGUUGCUCACUUGAUAUCAACGUUUAAUGAUACGUCCAUCCCAAUGUAUGCUGAUUAUGGUAAGACCCACUUCACACUCUAUUCAUAA